UGAAGCCGGUUGAGAAGUGAUAUGUUCAUGCACAUCUUAAGAACUGUUGUUACUCGGCAUGCAACUAAUCUGACUUGUGACAAACUAACAACGGCGAUCUUUUGUGAUAUCCAGAGUCGAGAAGGCUGAGAAUGAAUAAUGCUGACACGUAGUCAGUCCCGCACUGGAUCCGGAUAGUGGGGUUCCGGAUUGUUUUAAUCCGGGACCCUAACUUGAAAACCUAGCUCCGCCGCUGCCAGUGCGUGGUCAUUUAUUAUAGAGUAGCUCGUUAAGCUAACGUGAACUUUUCUAAUGUCUGAUCAGGCAUGGCCUCAGAAUUUAUCUUUGGUUUGAACCAGUUGUCAAAGACUUGAAGACAACAUGUCAACAUAUGCUAAAUUUGUAAGCUUCUGGAGGGGUAAGGACGUAAUAAAGUUCCUUCAUAUGUUCAAGUUGGAAAUAUCUCAGACUUUUUACUGUCUCAAUUAUGUAGAUUACACAAGUGAGUCUAAAAACAAGCAUCAUUUACUUCUAGAUUUUUUGAUCAGAGGUCCUGAUUUUCUUGAAAUGUACACAUUUCACCUUGAAAAGAUAUUCUGCAUAUCUGCAUAUCAGGAUGUGAUGAUGCAGUGAAUAUUAUCUGACAGGAUCAAAACAAUUAUAAGUAAUUUAAAAGACCCAAAUUUUGGAUCUUCUGGGAUCAUUGUUUUUAUCAAUUUUGUUCCCCCACCAUAUAUUAUUUUUCGAUGAGAACUAGGUCUCUGGAGAAUCAGACCAAUGAAUGACCAGAUGGUAGCCAACAUAUACUCCACCCCUCGCUACCUUCAUACGUCCAUCACCUAAAGAAAAUGCUCUCGAGAGCCUUCACAACCCCUCGAAAGAGCUUUAGGUAUGGCGAAACCAGCUGCAGAUCAGCCUCGAUCCAUGAGUACGAGGACUGCAUUAUUGGUUUCAUGGAUGAUCCCCCACUCAAGAAUUGCAAUGAUGUCCCUGGUGCAAUCCACUUGACCCUCAGAGAGGUGUUGAGGGGUUCGGUUGGAGUUGUUGGACAGAGCCGUCUAGGCAUGAUUGAGAAAGUAGUGCUGCUUGGAGGUCAAGUCUGUUCUCUUAAGAGGUUCAGGGAAGUUAGUGUCAAGAGAAUUGAGUUCGGGAGAAGAAUUCAGCGGCUAGCAGAGAUUAGCAAGCAGUGUAAGUAUUUGGUGCCUGUCACUUCCUAUCUUUACACGAGGAGAAUCAAGUUUGUUGUUUCUCAUUACUUUCCUAUGGGAAGCCUCGCGGAUCUGCUUGCUGGUGCCAGAGAACUAGGUCACACUGCUCUAGAUUGGAAGCAACGCCUUAAGAUCGUUUUUCACAUGGCACGAGCCAUUGCUUUCAUACACGGACAAUCUCCAUCCCAAGAGAAGCACUUGAUCUUAAAUGUCCAUGGUAACAUCAAGUCCUCCAAUGUCAUGAUCAAUUGUGAUUUUGAUGCCAGCAUUUCGGAUUAUGGCUUUGUCCAACUAGCUGAAAGAGUAAAAGUUUCCGACAUCUGUCAAGUGAAGCCUCCUCUGGAUUCACAGCCGAGGUUAUACAUUGACUCUUUCUCCCAGAAAUGUGACAUUUACAACUUUGGGAUUAUCCUGUUGGACUUGCUAGCAGGGCAUACAUCAAGCGAGUCAAAAAAUGAGAUCAUAGAGAAGAAAGAAGAAAUCAAGAAUGGCAAAUGCCAGUUUUUUGAGUUUCCGACAACAGGGAAAGCCAGAAAGCAAGCCCUGAAGGUUCUGGAUAUCGCUCUGGCAUGUACAAAUAAUUCCCCGGACGCCAGGCCUUCCAUGGAGCAAAUAUUGUUAUAUCUAGGAGACAUAAUCAAGUAAAAUUCUAGUUAGCUAGAAAUUGUAUCUUCAUUAUAUAUUAUUUGUACUAUAUGCGUGAGGAAAUAAUAAAUUCUGUGUUUUCAGAAA